AUUACUCAAGAUGGCUGCCCCCAUCAAGAUGACCGGGUGUGCCUAGGGGGAAAGAGGCUGCAGGAUGGUCUGAGAUGGUCUAGCAUUGAACCAUAUGGAAGUUUCUGAAACUGGGGAGCCCGAUGAUGGGGGGUGGAGCCCGUGGGGGAUAGAGGGAGCAAUAGAUUUUAUCCCCAGGCUAACCCCAACCCCUCCCUGUCCUCUGGAUUAAAAUGGGGAACACCCUGGGCCUGGCACCGAUGGGUACUUUACCCCGCCGGAGCCACCGUCGAGAGGAACCGCUGCCCAACCCCGGGAGCUUCGACGAGCUGCACCGGUUGUGCAAAGAUGUAUUCCCAGCACAGAUGGAAGGCGUGAAGCUGGUUGUCAACAAGGUUCUGAGCAGCCAUUUCCAGGUGGCUCAUACUGUGCACAUGAGUGCCCUGGGCUUGCCAGGGUACCACCUCCAUACCGCCUAUGCAGGGGACUGGCAGCUUAGCCCCACAGAGGUGUUCCCCACUGUGGUGGGGGAUAUGGACAGCAGUGGCAGUCUCAACGCCCAGGUCUUGCUUCUGUUGGCAGAACGGCUGCGAGCUAAGGCUGUCUUCCAGACACAGCAGGCCAAGUUCCUGACAUGGCAGUUUGAUGGCGAGUAUCGGGGAGAUGACUACACAGCCACUCUGACCCUGGGAAAUCCGGAUCUGAUUGGGGAAUCAGUGAUCAUGGUUGCUCACUUCCUGCAGAGCAUCACCCAUCGGCUUGUGCUAGGAGGAGAGCUAGUUUAUCACCGGCGGCCAGGAGAAGAGGGGGCCAUCUUGACUCUGGCUGGGAAGUACUCAGCUGUCCACUGGGUAGCUACGUUGAAUGUUGGGUCAGGUGGGGCCCAUGCAAGUUAUUACCACAAGGCCAAUGAACAGGUUCAGGUUGGAGUAGAGUUUGAGGCAAAUACAAGGCUACAAGAUACGACCUUCUCCUUUGGUUACCACCUGACUCUGCCCCAGGCCGAUAUGGUGUUUAGAGGCUUGGUGGACAGUAACUGGUGUGUUGGUGCGGUGCUGGAGAAGAAGAUGCGUCCCCUGCCUGUCACCCUAGCCCUUGGAGCCUUCCUCAAUCACUGGCGAAACAGAUUCCAUUGCGGCUUCAGCAUCACUGUGGGCUGAGGUUGUCCUGGGAGCAGCCUCUGCAGCAGCUGGAACCUUUGAGUCUGAUACCCUAGGGCCAGAGACUAACUUGGUCCCUCUCCAGAGCCUACCUUGCCGGAUGACUCCUAGGUCCCAUGGGCAGAGUGGGGGGGACAGGACGAUGUCCUCCUCAGAACCAGAACUGCCGGAGAGUCAUUUUUUCCAGUUAGGUAGCGGGUUGAGGUUCCCAAUACUGCCAUCAGCCCCACUAUAAUCUCCCAUAAGCUGUAUGGCUCUGGAGUAAAGGAGAGGGACUACGGGAUGUGUCUGGCUUCCCUCACCCUACUUUUUUUGUUAUUUUUGUUUGAUUGAGAUAUUACUACUCCUUCUUCAAAGCAGAGAAAUCUGCAUGGAAAGAGGGAGCAGAAAAAAAAAAGCCUCCUAUCCCAUUUCUCCUGGUUUCUCCAUUCCUCAGUCUUCCACUCCUUCCCUCGGGAAGGGAGGAUUAAAGAGUUAAAUCUCUGGCCACAGAAAGACCAAAGAAUGGGCCCACCCAUUCCCAGAAGGAACUCUAGUCACCUCCUAGCCCCGAGGCUUCCAUCUUUCCCAUCCCCUGUGUUUCCGGAGAACAACUUUGGCCCUGUGGUUGCCCACCUCCCUUCUCUCUGUCCCCCACCCACUCCACGCCCCACUGAUGAGUGCACUAAGAGACAGUGACUGUUCAGCAUUUCAUUGCCACUCCCAAGCUCCUUCCUGCUGGUUCCCGUGUGGGGUCCAGCGCUGUACCCUUUCCAGGCCAGUGUAUCCCUGGGGGUCUGGGGAAAGGAUGCAAGCCUGGGCCUCAACUGCAAAUCUCCCCGAGCAGCGGCGUCAUAGCAGACAGUUCCUCCAAGCGCUGAAGUUCAUAGGAGUAUGCAUUGUUUAUACUCCGGAGGUCAGCCAGCAGGCCCAUCAGCUUUGCAUACAGAAACCUUUGGAGGAAGGAGCAGGGUUACCAGGGAAAUAAGGCAGCUGGGAGUCCUGUCCUGAGGUUCCUAUCCCCUGGACCACUCCUCAGAGAGGCUAAGUCUGAGCAGCAGAUGCUCUGGAGCUACAUCUUGGAAAAUCUCAGACAUACCCAAGAAGGGCCUCUAUCAACACUGUUCCUUCAUUGUGCCUAGUUUUUCCUGAACCCAGGGCUUUGAGGUCAAGUGUAAAAGAAGUUCUUGGCCAAAACGUCAACUGUAUAGAAUCUGAAGGUGAGGCCUUCUAGAUCCAGUUCUAGAAGGCGGUUGUGUUAUUCUAUAGUAUAAAGCAUCUCCCUCGUAGCAAACGGAUUCAUUAGGGAAUGAGCAGAGCGAAGGUGGCAUAGAUGUCUGAGCCUGCACUGUUGAACUAGGCUCUGUCCGUGAAAGUGUGACGGAUCCUAAUUUCAAGGGGACCUAAAACUUCAAGGAAUUGACCCAAAGGAGAGGAGCGGGCCAAAAGAAUGAACAAGACUUUGAAAUUUUGACUUUAGUUUGGAAAAGUCGGAGAGGUGAGAGGUAAGGAAUGUCACCAGUCUCAGGAAAGCUGUCACACCCAGGCCAUGAGCUACGACUUUGCAUCUCUACUGACUGAAAACAACAACAGGAGCCAACAACUUGGAAAAGGGAGACAACACAGCAGUCUGAGCAAUCUGGAUACUGUGUGCGAUGGAUGGGGUGGUCCGAGGGAAGGUCUAGAUUCCUAAGUACCUGGUUUCCCAAAGGAAACAACAGUAAAAUGCAUCCAUCCGGAGCUCAGUGUUUCACAGAUCCCUUCCUACCCCCGGCGCAGCCUCCGAAUCCGCUGCCUCCUUCCUCCCUACCGACUUUGGAGCCGAGACUGUUGUUCCAUAAUGUGGUUGUUCAGAAUCAGCGCCAUCUCCUCUUGUAGCUGAUCUAUCUCUUCUCUUUGGGUAACUCCGGGUCUGUCUGAGAGAGGAGACUGGGAAGGGCAAGGUGGCAGGGGCCACAGAUGGGGGCCUCACAUUGUAUAGGGGCUGGGGAUGGUAUAGAUAGACCCUUGCUUAGGCUUGAAAGCUAGAAGGUCAGGGAAGGAUUAAAGGGACCGAGAGUUGGGUAGAGGUGGAAGGGGCCAGAGUUCCUCAGCUUUGGGAUGAUCCUCACCAGGGGAGAAGAGGGCCGUGGCAGCCAUGAGCACAUACUCAGGCUCCUGGAGAUGCAGUCCUUUCAGGUUUUUAUGGAAGUGGAGGAUCGACUCCAAAAACUCGUACUGGAACCCUGCUGUGAGAGAUGGUAGACUGAGGAGCCUCCUGGCCAUUGCUCCACACCUCAUACCACUGAGAUACAUACCCUGGACCGUUCUACCAUCUCACCAUGGACUGCGUCCUCCAUCUUGUAGCAAAGAGGCCCACAGAAGAAAUUCUCUGUUUGAAGACAGAACGUAGUGUUGAGUGAGAUAUGCAAUAUUUCCACAGCCGCUCCCUUGAGAAGGGAGAUCUGGUCCUCCAUGGUUAGGGACCUGUGUCGGGUAGAAAACAAGGGCACUUUAGACUUAGGUCUAUCCAUCAAAAAAAAGGUCCAAUCGGCACACUGCAAAUGUAAGACCCUAGCACUCAGAAGGCUAAAGGAUGUCAUACCAGUCUUUAAUCGGAGACCGGUCUGACUUACCGAGCGAGCACUUGCUUCCUGAAAGGCCAUGUGCUACUCACCGGAAGAGCGGCAGAUCCUUGGUGAACUUGAUGAUCUGUUGCACCAUAAACGUGUUGAUAUCUGCAAAGUGUGUGAGCAGAGGCAACACGGGGCCCCGAGGCUGGAAAGGCCGGUGAUGCAUGAACAGAUAGGCCGGAGGCUGUAGAGUUCAGAGCUUUAGUAAGAGGCCCCAGCCUUGGCUGCCCUUGAGGGCUCACCAGGCUUAUCUAAGAAAGGUUUUUUGCUGAGGAACCUGCCCAUCGUGGGAUUCUGGAGAUCUGUUCUCCAUCAGGGCAUAGCCUUCUUCUGUGGGUUACCUCCUCAGGUACCCAGGUCACAUCCUGGUUAAGUUCUCACCUUGAACUGCACAAACUGGUCAAACAUGGGGCCCACAUGGCGAGUGUGGGCCCCCAGGAGGAUCUGGACCAGUUCUUUCUGCUGCUGAUUCAGUUGCAAAGAUGCUUUCUCUGCCCGCCGCUGUGCCUGUCUGGCUCGCCGCAAUGCCAGGGCUUCUGCUGACAGUAUCACUGUGUCAGGCAAGAGAGAUGACAAAGCUGUUGAGACCAGCAGCGAGCACCUUUCAGCCAUCCCUUCAGUUGGGGCCACUCCACCUCCCCAGAUAAGGAAGGAGGAAGGAAGAAAGAGUUUCUGAGGCUUCCUUGGGACUUCAUUGAAUUAAUGUUUCCUGAUGGCAGGGGAAUCCCUGCACACUUUCUGUCGAUCUCAUAUUCAUCUGUGAUACACUUCAGCAGAAAGCAAUGCACCAUGGGAAAGAAGGGGAGGGUGGAGAAUAAAGUGGGAAGGGUAUAGAAUGUUUGGCUCCUUGGAAACAUUGAAGAAGGGUCUUAAUAUUGGAAACAUCACUUUGUAUCUGCAUAAAUCGUGAUUUCAAAGGC